AUGUGUGCUUCGACUUUACAGAAAGGGGAGUAUGAUGCAAAGAAGAGAAGUGUGAAGCUAAAAAGUGAACUUGUUUGGAAUGCUUCCAAUGUUGAUUCAGAGAUACUUUAUGCGUUCAAUUUCAUCAGAGAUAUGGAACAGGGAGCCAUUAAUGCGCUUAAUGGAACAUACACCAUGAGAGUAAGUUCCUUUCAUCUGCAUUCAAUACCGUCUCAUAGACAGUUGGUAUAUCAUAUGAAUUUUCCAUUUCUGGGAUGUGAUCAGCCAUUAACGAUUAGAUUUGCUGAUCAUAAGAGACCUAAACCUGGGUAUUCCAGGUUGCUU